AUGGCUUGGCCCUCACCCCAGGCUCCAGGAGCAUCAGGUCCCACAACACCCCCAAUUCCAAUUUUGAAAUACGAGAAUGACGGAGUCAACUUUGAUGGUUCCUACAAAUGGAGUUACGAGACCGGCAACGAGAUAAUCGCCGAGGAAUCAGGCUACGUGAAGAACGCCGGCGUCCCUGAGCAAGAGGCGCAAGUGGCACAGGGCUCCUAUAGCUACACGGCUCCUGACGGUACCCGCAUCUCCAUCACGUACGUGGCCGACGAGAACGGAUUCCAGCCACAGGGUGCCCAUUUGCCCACUCCGCCACCGGUGCCUGAGGCGAUCGCUCGCGCCUUGGAGUACCUGAAAACGUUGCCGCCCAGUCCCGAAGACCAGGCCGGAUCCGCGCCACAGGGACAGUACGUCAGGCAGAACGGAAAGUAUUAGAAUGGAAGUCGCUCAGUUUUGAUCAGAAAAUUAGAAGAACUAUCAUAGGGAUAAAAUAGCUUGAAGAUAACUAAAGCUGCGUUUACACUACAGCUGUGUUAAUAACUAAAUCCUUACAGAAUCUAUUAGAUUGAACGGAACUUGACAAACACAUAUAUGUUCAUCAUGUGUAUGAUAAGUUAUGUGACAUAUAUUGUGACAAUGAUUAUUGUGAUUAUUGUGACAAUUAUUAUGUGACAAUGAUUCUAUUAGAUUGAACGGAACUUGACAAACACAUAUGUUCAUCAUGUGUAUGAUACGUUAUGCUCAAUCUAAUAGAAUGAUUAUUGUGAUUAUUGUGACAAUUAUUAUGUGACAAUGAUUCUAUUAGAUUGAACGGAACUUGACAAACACAUAUGUUCAUCAUGUUAUGAUACGUUUUGCUCAAUCUAAUAGAAUCUUUUAAGAUUAAGUUAUCAACAUUUUGCUAAUAACUUUGAUGUGAACGCAGCAUUACGCUAUUUUAUCUCCAUGAUACUAUGAUUCUUCCAAGGAGAGCACUAUUCUGAUUAUUCCAUAAUAUUCAGAAUGGAAAGUACAACAACGUAAUCCCCAGCUAUGAUCAAAAUGAGGAGUACUCGACAGUGUUUUACUUACUCAGUUAUGAUCAAAAUUGAAAGUACUCGAAUAAAAGUGAGUCGUUGAUGAUGGACAAUUAUAUUAGUUGAAAGAGAUGUGUUCACAUAGAGAUGAAAAAUGAACUUGAAUUUUGUAAUUAUUUAUCUAAUACAGUAGUCUAAAGCCAGGUUUCACCAUGGUCGGUCAAUACAACAUUGGAACGUGCUGAAACACUACCUCCGUAAACAAAGCCAUAGCGCGCUCUGGUGACGUCAGCACAGGUAGGGCUCGACCAUGUUUAAUGUCUUGACCGAGCUUGGUGAAACCCGAUAUAAGUAUGACAUUUCACAACAAUACAGAGCUUUGGAGCUGACUAUGGACGUGUUUCAAGUAACUGGGCAUCAUCUUUAGAUAAAAUAGAGUAGGACUACAUUGACACUUACUGUAUGUUGGAGUUGGUGUCCAGUGAUUUAUUCAUCUUCAUUCUUCUUCACCACGUGAUUUUAUCCACCAUGGUGAUAAUUUGGUGCAGAUGAUUGGCUCCAUGCCUUGAAACAAUUACUUUUACGUUGAGCUCAUCUUGGAGCUGUAAUGUUGUGAAACAAAAUACGAUACUUAUAAGAUAAAUUUUCAAAGUUGAUGUUUAUAAUGACUGAAUUAUUGGGUCUGUGAGGGUCAAAAGUAUCAAAAAUGAAGAUGCUCAAACUAGACUGAACCAAUUAGAUUCAGUAUAUCAUAUCAAUCGAGCGCCGGACUACAUGGAUGACAAAAUCGUCAACUUUAGAGAAUUAUUUAGUGAAUUUAUGAUAUUUAAUAGAUUGAUGAAUAUGUUUUUCAUUGAAACAUUUCGAUCUUCCCAAAUUUGAAACGCAUAUUUAGCAUUUCACGAUGAUUUUGCAUUAUCCAUGUAGUUCCAUGUUAUGAGAAACCAUAAUGAGCUUUUAUUGUAAUAUUUGAAAAAAAUUUCUUCCGAUUUUAUAUUCUCAAUAUCUGAGAAUGAGUCGUUCGGUAUAUCGAGUGAUUCAGCUCCAGUCAUUUAAGACUAAGAUCUGUCUCGUAUGUAAAUAUUUUCAUUAUUUCAAGUUGCAUGAAUCAAAACUAUCUAGCUGUUUAUACCAAUCUGUGUAAGCGUUUUUAUUACGUCUUAUAUUUUUCUAUGAAUAUGUGCAAAGGCUUUAUUAAAUAAAGUGAUUUUUUAA